AUGGCAGCAUCAAACGGCACAGUGACCUACGGCACUAUGGCGUCGACCGAGCAGCUCAGCCCCAGCGGCGAUGCCCGCGGCAGCGAGGACCAGCUCCCGCGCCAUGUCGCGGGCGCGCCGCGGCCGACCCUCCCCCGCGCCGUCGCCGUCCGUCUCGCUGGCGAGGUGGACACCAAGGCGUGCGACUGGAUCUCAGUGUUCGCGUGCUUCUUGACAGGCUGGACGAGCGCAAUCAGCUUCACGGCAUGCUUCGUGUGGCCGGGCUUCCAGACGGGCAACGUCGCGCAGCUCGCCAUCGCGAUCGCGCGCACGUUCGAUCCGCCGCAGACGCGCACCUUCAAGUUCAUGAAGGGCGACCAGCAGGCGCUGACCGCGCUCGUGUCCUUCUGGCUGGGCACGAGCCUGGGGCGUAUCGGCGCGCGCGUCGGCCCGAAGCGCCGCUCGUGGCUCGUCGCGACGGCGCUCAUCCAGAUCGCGUUCGCGGUCGUUGCGGCGGUGCUCGCGCAUUACUCUGGCGAGGGCGCGUACGCCAUCGGCCGCGACCACCCGUCCUGGUCCACGCCAAAGGGCAUGGCGGCCCUCGGCUUCCUCUCGGCCAGCCUCGGCCUCCAGGGCAUCGUCGGCAAGCGUAUCGCCUCGCCGAUGAACACGACCGUCGUGCUCACGACCACCUGGGUCGAGAUCUUCAACGACCCGAGUCUGUUUUACAUCGGCUACGCGCCGAGCCGGGACAAGCGCAUCGCGGGCGUGCUCGCUGUCCUCGUCGGCGCGUUCACCGCGCGUGCCCUCCUCGGUGUGGCUGGCUCGGGCGGCGCCAUUGGCGUGCUGUGCGGGUUUAGACUGAUCCUGGCUGCGUGGUGGGCUGCGAUUCCCGGCCCCAAGGCGUAG